GACGUCACUCGUGUUUAUUUGCAUGAACAAACGGAGUCGAUGAACUAUCAAAGAGAGCUACUGCAUCGGCUGAAAUAGCCACGCAGGCGGAUUCAUUGCUUUUCCACGAUUGGCCGUGUUUUAGAUGGAGCUUCUCUUUCCUUUCUUCUUGUUCUUGGCUAAAGACAGCCAAGGCUAACGCGGGGCUACGACGCGUCCACAAACUAACGACCUCCCUCAACAAGGCAUGAACUCACUACCUCAGAGCAACCUCGAUCCUAAACGCUGACCAGUGUGGAAAUCAAGUUCUUCACCCACAGAAAAGAGAUUAAAGGGGGAGAAAUUAACAGGUCUAUCUUGCUCUACAGCGGUGGAAGCCACCAAGCAGAGGUGCUGUGGGGAGUCACAGGCUGUGACUGCCAAUCGCAGAGGAGCAUGAGUCAUGACCUCAGUGGUACUGGUUGACAGCAGUGGGACAGUGGUGGAGUACGUCACAGCUGUGGAAGACCCACAGCAGGAUGGUGAAUUUGAUGUGGAGCUGGAGAUGGAGGGUGACGUGGAGGGCGAGUGUGAAGUUGAAGAGGUAGAGGAUGCAAGAGAGAACUACACAACUGUCAUUGUGGAGGAGGUUCCUGGUGCCAUCUUAUCUGAGGAGCUCGGUUCCUCAGCCCAGGUGGUGGUGUGUGGUGACGAAACGUACAUAAUGCAAGAAGUGAGCAAUGAGCAGGAUGUGGAGUCAGAAAAGGGGGCAGUUGAGGCUUCUGUCCAUGGAAGUGUGCAUUGCUCUGACAAGACCAUCGAGGCUGCUGAGGCUCUGCUUCACAUGGACUCACCAUCCAGUGUCAGAGAAGAUUGUAGUCCAGAAUCUUUCAUCCCGCCUUAUGUAGCAACACCAGAAUUCCUCCAUGCUGCCAUGCGUCCAGACAUCGCAGGGACGGAGGUUGAGAUAUCAACAGAGGAGUGCUGCGAAGAUGAUGAAGAUGAUAUUGAUGAGGAGGAUGAUGAUCAAGAUAUUGGCCGCUUGAUAGAGGAGCCAGAGGCGGAACAGGACCAUGAGCCUGUCAGGAAAAGGAGAGCUGGACGGAAACUGAAAACACAUCAGUCCUAUUCUAACGGCUCAGUUGAUCUCGGUCUCAGGAAGAAAUCGAGAGAAGGCAAAGCAGGAAGCACCAUCUACUUGUGGGAGUUCCUGUUGGACCUCCUGCAGGAUAAGAACACGUGUCCGAGAUACAUUAAGUGGACGCAGAGGGAAAAGGGCAUCUUCAAGCUGGUGGACUCCAAGGCCGUGUCCAAGCUAUGGGGAAAACACAAGAACAAGCCAGACAUGAACUAUGAGACCAUGGGACGGGCACUCAGAUAUUACUACCAGCGGGGUAUCCUUGCCAAAGUUGAGGGCCAGCGCCUGGUUUACCAGUUUAAAGAAAUGCCCAAAAACCUUGUGAUAAUCGACGACGACAAAACGGACAUGUCUGUCGCCGACGUGCCGAUGCGCUCUGAGACGACGGCGUCCUAUCAACGCAUCUUGCAACCGCCAGACGUCCUGCUGAAGGGCUCCCAGGUGUCCUUCAGAAAAACCUCCGAGAUGUCCUUCAGAAAGCCUAACAUCCUGCGUGGCGGCAACAGAGGCAAUGUGGCCCAAUCUCCUGUUGUCGCAAGCAACAACGGCGCGGCAGGCGCUGACGUGAGGACAGCGACCACCUUGGGAGACGGGAGCCUGAUUCAACAGGCGGCUGUCCUUUCGAACACUUCCGGGCCCAGGACGCUGCGAGUGGCCAUGCAGGUACCGGUCGUUAUGACAUCGUUGGGCCAGAAGAUCUCAACAGUGGCCAUGCAGCAGCCAGCAGUAAGGACGGGGGCUGGUACCCAUACCACCCUCCUGUCCAGUGCUUCUGGAGCCACCAACUCUCAACAGAAGGUUGUGAUCCAAACCAUCCCCACCAUGGUCCCAGCCACUGCGGAGAAUGGUGAGAAGAUCACCGUCCAGCUGGCCAAGAUUAUCACCAUCCCGGCUCACCAGUUCGCUCAGUGUCAGCUGCAGACCCCCACGGGUGCUGCCAAGUCCGGUGUUGGCACGCCGACGACCGGUAUCAGUCUCCUAGGAAGCCCCCUAACGAUGCAGACCUUGGCCUCGGUCGGCAUGGCCUCGGGAGCACAGGUGAUGAGACUGUCUGUGCCCGCGCAGGCGCAACAACCAACGGCAGCAGCGCAGUCAGGGAGCGCGGGGGAUGCAGUGACAGCGCAACCUCACUUAAUCGGUGGCGUUUUUAAUGGUUCGGAGCUGGUGGUGGGAGCGGACGAGCUCAAUCCUGCCGCCGUCCAAGCGGUGCGGGUUCCCGUCACGAUUGCUGUCCCGCAAAAUGAAGCAAAUGCCAAAAGCAUCCUGUCGGAUGUCGUAAUCAAGCUGGAGACCCCCGAAGUGAAGAUGGAAGAGCCAGAGUGUUGAGACCCACUAAUCCCUUUUUUCUCUUUCCCCUUUGUUCACUCAAGUGAGUUGCUUUGUACAUGAAACUGUUUUUAUUACUCUUGUUAAUAACCAGCAGCAGACAAACUUAACGCCUCCUGAAAGCCGUUAUUUUUCUUUAUUUUGUUGUCGUCCCCCCCCUCCUUUGGGGUGAAACCUUCCUCUUCCAGUACUGCUGCAUGAUGUGUUUCAGCCAAGCCUGUAAAGUGAUGAACUCUCACGCGGAGCCCAACAUGCAAAUAGGAACACACAAACUUGAAAGGGACCAACCCACAUCACUACUGCUACACUCGCUCGCAAUGGAUCGACGUCAAUAGUAACAAGUGUCAUUCAGGAAAAUGACAUUUUUGCUGAAAGUGUAGAACUGUGUAAGAAGCCUGAUUGAUUUUUUUUUCCCUGCAACUGUCAAACCAGCAAUUUGUACUUCAGUUAUUGUGCAAAUCAAAUGUGUGUCUGUGUGUGCACGCGCGCUUGUGGUGCUACAUUGGUCCUGAAACAGUCGAUAGAUGGCUCGUAAACAGUAGUUGACAGAGAUAACAACAGGGCAGCCUUGGAUUUUAAUUUUGAUGUCCAUGUACUAUAUGAACUGUAGGUUGAAUUUAGUUUUAUUUGUAAUUUUGUGCGUGUGUGUGCGUGCGCGCGCGCCCGCGUGUGUGUGUGUGUGUGUGUGUUUUCAUAACUUGUACCAAGCACAGUAUUACAGAAACGAGAUCUAACAUCUGCAAAGAGUGUAGCAGAGCUGGGAGCUUUGGGAUAAAAAGAACUGGUUUGUUUCUCAAUUUAACAACUAAUCAAUCUUUAUUAUUUGAAUUUAAAGAGAUAAUUGAACCAAUGAGGAGUCAAAAAGUCAUUAAAUAUGUAAACACUUAUCUUUUUACGAGUUGAGAAUUUGAUUGUAGCAAUACAACCAAACCAUCCAAAAUUAACUACUAAAAUUAUCAAGCUGUAAAUGCAUUAGUGCUUUAUAUCAACAACCUCAAUUUUGGUAAUGUUUGAGUUUUUUGUAAUGAUUGACUUUGAGCCAGUGCACACUGCCAUGUCUCAGAUAAAAAUCAAUAGGAAUAUGUAUAUAACCUUAUUUCUCUACUUGCUAACGGAUGUAUAGCGUAUUCUGAAUGUGAUGUCAGUCAAGUCCCAGGUCACUUAAAUAAGGUCAUUUUUUCCUUUCACAUUGGCCCUACACCUACAUUUCAUUUUUUUUUUUAUCUAAAAAGAGGAAAAUAUAGAAGUUUUGCGUUCAGACUGAACUGUUUGUAUAUUCAACAUUUGAAGUAUAUUCUAUUUUGUUGUACUCUUGUUUCAAAGUGUAUUAAAGUAGAUUUUACUGAAGCAAGGUAA